CCGUUUAAAAACAAAAUUUUAACAAAUAAAUUUAUAUCAAUAAAAGGAGAUGUGUAAAAAAGUAUUGAAAAUAUAUCAUAGAUAUAAUGAAAAUGCUUAGAUAAGUCUAAUGUGAAAUAAGUGCUGUUUCUCGUUCUUAAGAGGACGAGAAAAUCCAUGUGUACAAUAAGAGGCGUGAAGCAUAUGAGAAAAUGCGCAUCUUAACAGAGAAAUAACUUUUUUUAAGAAACCAAUAACUUCAAUAAUAUUUACUUCAGACACUUUCGUGCCGGAUAAAGAGGAAUAAUAAUAAAAACAAUUCAUUAAGUAAAUGGGCGGAAAUAGUACAGCAAAUACUUUUACCGCUGGUGGUUAUAUUGGGCCUGCUAGCGGAAGUAGUGUUGGCGGUAGCAGCGGUGGUGCAGUAGGCGGUGACCUUAUACCAAAUAUGAGCACUGCUAGUGGUACUUCAUAUGCAUAUGGCACAAGUUGGGAAGAAUUCUGUGAGCGUCAUUCACGUGUAGCGGCAGCUGAUUUUGCUAAGGCUUGUAUAAAUUAUAUAAAUGGUAAUUUACCACCUGAAGAGGCGCGCAAUAUUUCCUAUCGGAGCUUCGGACAAAAGUUUGCCGAAGCAUUUGUGGAUCAUUUCGAAACUGAAUUCUGUCAAAGACGUAACAAUCUUAAGACUGGUAAUGGAAAUUCAUUAGAAGAAAGUGGUAACACAGCGGAAGAUUCGCCGAAAAUUUUUCAAAAAGCAUUUUUUCGACGCCUUUCUUUCAAAGGUCUGCGCAAGGGCAAGAAUUUCUUAUUCCUGCAGACGCUUUUUCAUAAGAACAGUGAUGAUUUAGAUGGUAGCAAACACAGCAAGACAAAGAUCUCGAAAAUUAUUGUUGAAUGUCGUAAAGAAGGUUACGUCUAUAAUUUAACACCCGAAAGUUUGGAUCAACCAACUGGCACGCAAAAAUGGGAAAAAUGUCGUCUGGCACUAGUGAAAGCUGUUGGCGGUUAUAUGUUGGAGUUCUAUACACCACCUAAAGCUACGAAGCCUCGAAGUGGCGUUUUUUGUUUCUUAAUAUCGGAGGCAAGAAAAACAACACGACUUGAAAUGCCCGACCGGGAAAACACUUUUGUAUUGAAGGCAGAUAACAAUAUGGAAUAUGUUAUUGAGGCAGAGAGCAGUGAUGAAAUGCACAGCUGGUUAGCCACAAUACGCUACUGCAUGCGUACACCGCCUACGCAGCAAUUGCCAUUGGAAUCGGCAGAUGCAUUGCUUACUGGUGGCGGUGGUGUCGGCGGCAUAAUGGGUGGUAUUUCGGCAACAACUUCAAUGGCUAUGAGUCCGAGCGGCAAUUUAACUUCCACAGAUGGCACUAUACCACGCAGUGGUGGCAUUAAUAAUCCACAAUACCAUCAGACAAACAUACUUGGUUCUAACGGCAAUGUCGGCCCAAGCAGUUCGCAAUCGGACAAUGCGUUGGCAUCUGGAAAUGGGGGAGUAGGUGCAACGGCAACUAUUGGUAAUGAUGGCAAUGCAAUAGAUGGUAUACCUGAUAUACCGCCGAGACGUGUCGGACCUGGCGAACGCGGUGAACAACGCCUAUCGGCGUCGAGUAAUUUCGAACCCGAAUGUGAUUCUGAAUUGGAUAUAAAUGUAGCGGAUUUAACGGCUGAAAUGCGACAGUAUCCCUGGUUUCAUGGUACACUGCCGCGUUCAGAAGCAGCACGUAUGGUAUUACAUUCAGAAGCAGCAGGACAUGGUUUCUUUUUAGUGCGUCAAAGUGAGACGCGCAAAGGUGAAUUUGUGCUCACAUUCAAUUUUCAAGGACGUGCUAAACAUUUACGUAUGACCUUGUCGGAGAAGGGCCAAUGCCGUGUACAGCAUUUAUGGUUUCCUUCGAUUCAGGAGAUGCUCGAGCACUUCCGGCACAAUCCAAUACCAUUAGAAUCGGGCGGCACAUCUGAUGUUACACUAACCGAGUGGGUGCAUAAUCAAGGAACUUCGUGUAGCGGCAUAAUUGAUGCCAGCAGCAAUGCUGAAACAAACGGUGGGCAUCAACCACAACAGCAACAGCAUCCAUCACCGAGACAUCCGCAACAUGUAAUCACAAUGAACAUGAGUGUGCGCUUAAAAACGUGCGAAAUUGAGUUACCGUUCCUACAGCAGCAGCAGCAACAAACGCAGCCGCCGCAUCAUCAUCAUGUACAUCUACAACCGCCGCAAAUACCAGCACAGCAACAACAAUCACACCAGCAGCAACAGCAACCGCCGCAGCAGCAGCCACAACAACAACAGCAAUUAAACACGCCACAACUACGCACGUCAACAGUAUCUUUACAAUCACCGAAUCCACACCUUAGUGGUGCAAGAGUGGCAAGCAUUAACGAUUUGAAUGCAAAUGAAAUGGGGCCACGCGCGGUCGACAACCAGUACAGUUUUGUGUAACUCAAUUCCGCUACGAAUAAAGUAUCCUUGGCAAAGCCGCAAUACAAAGGAAACUAUAUUUACCUACAUACAUACUCACAUAAGUGAAUGUAAGCUUAAAGCAGCUUUUUUUUUUGUCGUUCUUCCAUUGCCUUCCAUAUGAGAAUUGCAUAAUUCGACAGAUUUUGCCAUAGUUUCAUUUUAAAUUAACAACAUUUCCUUAAUCUUCUAUUGUGUUCACAAACCUAA